AGCGCUCAUUCAGGUACUUAACACCCUGGAGACCCGGACCUCAGCUUUCAAAGAGACCAGGGUGGGAAGAGCUGUUUAUAUAAACAGGGAUUCUGCUGUAAAUGCGCUAAUAUCCCGGCUGCCCGCGCAUGGCGAGCGCCUCCCACACCCGUCCGUAGGAGAGGCGUCCCGGCCGCUCCUCGGUUCCAGCCUGCCCUGCCCCCGCCUCCUUCCCCUCCUCGACCAUGGCCACCUCUGGACGCCAGAGCUUCACUGUGCGCAGCCUUCUAGAUUUACCCGAGCAGGACGCACAGCACAUGCCGAGGCGGGAGCCAGAACCACGCGUCCCCCAGCCCGACCCCUGCGCCGCCUGGCUGGAUUCGGAGCAUGGCCACUACCCUUCCUCAGACGAGAGCAGCCUGGAGACCAGCCCGCCAGCCUCGUCGCAGCGGCCGUCCGCUAGGCCAGCGUCUCCGGGUUCGGACGCGGAGAAAAGGAAGAAGCGGCGGGUGCUGUUCUCCAAGGCGCAGACGCUGGAGUUGGAGCGGCGCUUCCGGCAGCAGCGGUACCUGUCGGCGCCCGAGCGCGAGCAGCUGGCUAGCCUGCUGCGCCUCACGCCCACGCAGGUCAAGAUCUGGUUCCAGAACCAUCGCUACAAGCUGAAGCGCGCGCGCGCGCCGGGGGCCGCAGAGGCGUCCGACCUGGCAGCGUCCCCCGAGCUGCACGCCGCGCCCGGCCUGCUGCGUCGCGUGGUGGUGCCGGUGCUUGUUCGCGACGGGCAGCUGUGCGGCGGCGGCGGCGAGGCGGGAACGUCCGCGGCCCAGGACAAGUGCGGCGUCCCUCUGGCAGCCGCCUGUCCUCUACCGGCCUACCCCGCCUUCGGCCCCGGCUCUGCGCUUGGCCUCUUCCCUGCCUACCAACACUUAGCGCCCCCCGCCCUGGUCUCCUGGAACUGGUGAGGCUGCUGGGGGGUACCUGGGGCUACCCCGGACUUUGGAGCGCGCUCUGCGGCUGAAACAGGGCUGGAGCCGAACACUUGGAACGCUCCCCGACCGCCUCCCUGCAGCCCCAUCUCCCUAGGCGUCAGGGUCCCCUGGCGCGCCCUCACCUGCCGUCGCGCAAGCACACACCCGGGACGUGUGCCAGAGCCCCUCCCCCUCCCUCGACAGGGGCUGCCUCGAGAGUUAGAUUUUAUGUUUGGACCUUAUUUGUAUAUUUUUAAAUAGCGAUUUGUAUGUGAAGCAAGUUAUUUUUUAAAAAAAAUAGAGUAUUUUUCCUCGUGGUUCGAGAAUAAAAUGUGUAGGGUUGGGUCUCCUGUGCGCCUGCCUGGAACGUAGGCAGGAACUGUGCUCCCCAGACCGGUGUUGGCAGCGCCCGCUCACCCCUUGACUGGCUAAGCGGGGCCCAGCCCCGGUUGUGUCGAAGGGAGGAUUACAGCUCCAAGGCGGCUUUAGGAAGAUUCGGGGCUGGGGAAGGGCGGCGGCGGCGGGAAGGGCGGUGGUGUCAGGAUUGGGCGCGGGAAGGAAAGGAGAGGAGGAAGCUGAGGCAACUUUGGGAUCCUUGUCAGCGGGAGGCGGCUCUGGCCCCAGAGUGACUCCGAGGCUCCGCUGGGCUCGCAGAGCUGCUGGCGUUCCAAAUACCGAAAAGUCAACCCCGCGGACCGCGACAGGGCAGGAGUUUCUCCGGAGAUGAGCCGGCAAGGCCAGGUGUGCGGCGCACUGCACCGGAGCAGCCCAGGCCUGGCUGCAAGCUGUUUCCACAGCGCAGGAGCCAAGUACUCGGGACCUGAAGAGCACCGGGAAACUUGUAACCCCUAGUUAAGCCUGCAGGUGCCU